GAGGAGGGGUAGGUACGCUCAGGUAUGCGACGCUGAGCUAUUGGCCUACACCUCAAGUCCGUCAUACACGUCCCCGUCGGCCCUGUAUCUGCCGCCGCGGAUCAGGGCCGAGCUCACCCAGGGUUACACUUGUGGGUGGGUCGUCUCCCCCGGGCAAUGCUAGUGGUCGUAACGGGCGUCGCUACAUUUACCAACAUACCCCGGAUCACUAGUAGCCAAGUAUGAGGGCCCCGCCUGGUGUGGGCCACGCCAAGUGAUGUGGCAUCCCCACCCGCCAGGUGUUCCUUUCCUUACCCUAGAAUUCCUGUCUGUAAUCCCAUGCUCCAAAACGUCAUUUCCCGUCUGUUAUUCCCGUCUUACCUUCCCUUCUCCUGGGGUUUGCAGUCCGGAGCCUGAAUGUGCGGAACGAUCCUCCGCACAUUUGGGACCCGGAAUGCAAACCCCAGGCUUCCUUUCACACCACUUCUCCUACUCCACUCCAAGAGGAGACAACCUCUUUAAAAAAUCCCCAAUCUAAGGUGGAACAAUCGUGCCGAGAGAUGCGUGGCUGAGGGGAAGCUCAGCCGCUAACGAUGACCCUCGAUACCGGGCAACCUCGAGGAGUAUUUUGCCUUGUUCCGGCAAGCGGGGCUCUGCUGGAACCGACCACAUUUUUCCCUAGCUUCUCGUGGGAUUUGUAUGGAGAACGUUAAUAAUAAAACUGAAGGUACCCUGGAAGACCUAUGCCAGGAACUAAUGCCCCUGAUGGUAGGUGCGGAAAACUCUGCCCAAACAUCAGAGCAAGCCAUGGAGGGAGUGGAGAGCGUCGACACGGAUGAAAGGAGCGAUAUUCAUUGCCCAAACAUCCCAACGGAGGCUCCCAACCCUGACACACGUAAGUCCGUCAAGAAAUUGACGGGCUCUGCGAAGGGCCGCUACAAAGCUCUUAGAGGACUAGGAGUUGCGCACGAGGAGGCGCUACGACUGUCCGCAAAGAGCUUCGCGGAACUUAAAAAGUUGGGAUACAAGUUCGGGUCCUCACACUCCAAACCCGAGCCGAAAUCGGCCAAACGGCCGCGCUCGGAGGAAAAAUCACCGCAGGGGAACGCCAGCAAGAACCCAAAGGUGAGUGAGAGCCCCCCAACCCAACCCCAACCUCUACAACCCUUUAACGAGGUCCUUAGCCAGGUCCGGGUCGGAAUCAAGGACUCCAAGCCGAUGAACGUCGCGCAGUUGGGGUCCCUAUGCAAUACCAUCUUGCAAAAGAUUGCGACUCUGGAGAUGGAUGAGGGACCAAAGUUCAAGGGUUAUGCAUACAAGCCAGGUUGGUUACUCAUUACAUGCAGUGACCAAAGAUCCAAAGCCUGGCUUGAGGAAGUAACACCAACCCUAAAACCAUGGCCGGAAGCCAACCUCGGGGUCAUCCCUGAAAAUGAGCUUCCUAAGCCUAAUAUAGGGAUGGUGUUCAUUCCUGAGAUAGACGACUCCAUGGUCAAGCAGUCGCUAUCUCUACUCUAUGCGCAGAACCAGGGGCUGCACACAGAGUUAUGGAAGACUCUCCACACCAAAGUCGAGAAGGGUGGGGUUUUGGUAACCCUGUCUCUGGACGACGUGUCGGUGGAGAAUCUUAAAAAAAAGGACCUAAAGGCAAACCUAGGUUUCCGGGAGGUCCAGUUUCGGCUAAAGGGCCAACCUAAGACCCAACAGCCCGAAACGCAACCCACCCAAAACCCAACACCGCAGCCUGCAAACCCUGCCCCUCCCACCACCCUAACCCAAACACCCGCCCGAAAGGUGCCUUCAGGUCCAAAGCGUGCGGCUCCUUCCACUUCCAAUCCCACUCCAGGACCUCCGGGGUUGCAGCGGUUUCUCGCCAACAGGGGAGGCUACAGGGGCAAAAACCGCCCAAGGGGUAGAGGGAACGGAGGAGGCCACCAAGGGCACGGCAGUGCCCACCGCCGUGGCAAAUAAAAAAGACGCUACCAGGGGUAGGGGGGUGAUGUUCCUUCAGGCCAAUCUCCACCACGCCAUAGCGGCCACAGCGGUCGUAGAGAAGCUUUUUGGCGAAAAUGGCCUGGACAUCGCCCUCAUACAAGAACCAUGGAUAAACACCAAGUCCAUGGCAACAGGACUCAACAGAGCAGGAAAGAGCUAUGCAGUGAAGAUAUAGUAGCUGCCUACGUCGAUCUCAAAGGGAGAGGAGCACUGAAGGUAAUAGUCUGCUCCGCCUACCUGCCCGGAGAGAAGCAAGACCCCACAGAAGAACUGACUAAAGUGCUAGAGUACGCUCAGGCACAAAAGGCGGAACUUAUUGUGGGUUGUGAUGCCAACGCCCACCACACCAUCUGGGGGAGCACUGGAAUCAACAAAAGGGGUGAGUUACUAUCCCAAUUUAUCUUUACCAAUUGUCUGCACUUGUUGAAUAAGGGCAACACGCCCACCUUCGUAACUAGAGCUAGGCAAGAAGUAUUAGAUAUAACCUUCGCUACUGAAAAGGCGGCAAGCUGCCUAGCCAACUGGCGUGUCAGCAGCGAAAAUUCAAUGUCGGACCACAGACAUAUUUUGUUCAGUGUUAAGGACUCUCUAGAUAGGGAACCACUAACGCGUAGAAAUCCAAAAGAAACGUCAUGGGAAGCCUAUAAGGCUGACCUGGAAAAUCGUCUAAAGGAUGUACCAAAAUAUGUCAAAACACCAGACUCUCUCAACCUGACAGUUAAUCUAUUAUCUGAAGGCAUACUUAGGGCCUACGAACAAAGCUGUCCUUUGAAAGAGGCAAAAACUACUAACACAACGACGUGGUGGAACAAAAGGCUAGAAAACCUCCGUAGGUCUACACGUCGCAUAUUCAAUCACUCGACCACGCCGAAUGAGUGGGAAAGGUAUGGUAGAGCGUUGACUGAAUAUAAUAAACAAAUCAGGAAGGCAAAAAGGAGGUCAUGGAGAAGGUUCUGUGAAGAGAUUGCCCAAACUCACAAAGGAGCGCGAAUUCACAAAAUACUUUCCAAGACACCGACCAACUAUCUCGGCCUUCUUAAAAGACC